UUUUUUUAAAAAAAAAGGAACAAAUCUGGUUUUGUUGUGAGGAGGUUCGUGAGAGAAGAAAGACUGUGGGGUUGAGCUCGUCUUUACUCUUCUCUUCCCUUUUUUUUUUUUUAAAAAGGGAACAAAUCUGGUUUUGUUUGUUUAUCGUGAGGAGGUCUUGUGGGAGAAGAGAGGCUGUGGGGUUGAGCUUGUGUUCUGAGGUGUGGGGGGUAGAGACUGAGCUCGUUUUGGAAAGGGGUUGAGCUUGUGUCCCUAGCUCGUCGACGGCGAAUCUGAGCAUGCCAAUGACGGGUCCGAGCUUGCCGACGGCGAGUCUGAGCUCGCCUCCUGUCGUCCCGAGCUUGCCAAUGGUGGAUCCGAGCUUGCCGCCUGAUGUUCCAAGUUUGUUAAUGCCGGCUCCGAGCUCGUCGACAGCGGUUUCGAGCUCGUUUCCUGUUGCUUUGAACCCGUUAAUGGUGGCUCCAAGCUUGCCUCUUGAUGUCCCUAGCUCGUCGACGGCGAAUCUGAGCAUGCCAAUGACGGGUCCGAGCUUGCCGACGGCGAGUCUGAGCUCGCCUCCUGUCGUCUCGAGCUUGUCAAUGGUGGAUCCGAGCUUACCGACGGCGAGUCUGAGCUCGCCUCCUGUCGUCCCGAGCUUGCCAAUGGUGGGUCUGAGCUUGCCGACGGCGCAUCUGAGUUUGUUAAUGGCGACUCCGAGCUCGUCGACGGUGGUUUCGAGCUCGUCUCCUGUUGUUACUUCGGGUUCGUUGUUAGUGAAAGAUUGUGGUCGAGAUGCGGAGGGCACGAGCUUGCCAUUGGUGGGGUCGAGCUCGGCUUUUGUUUUGAGUUCGCCAGUUCCUAGCUCGUUCCUAGGUUCGAGCUUGUCGCUUAAUGUUCCGAGCUUGCCAUUAUCGAUGAAGCCGUGUCAUGGUGAGGUGGGGCUGAGUUCGUCGUCUUUUGGUUCCAGCUCGUCUCUUGUUCCAAACUUAUCUUCUGUUGUAUCAAGCAUGCCUUCGGGUGGGAAGGUUGCUUGUGAGCAGCUGUCUUUGUUAGUUCGUAAGAUGGAGCUUGCUGAUGGCCGCAAGUCGUGGUCGGAGAUUGCCGAAUCUGUCAUUGCUGUUGAGUUAAGUACUCUUACUGGGAGUGAAGCAGAAGACAGGGUAAGCGCGAGUUUGAUCGAGGAAGGGACCGGGUUUCUUUUUGAUGAGCAUGGGACUAAUUUAGCGGUGGAGCCUGGUGUUGAGGGAUCGGGGUUGGUUUUAACAACACCUCUUAUUGUCCCUAGUUCGUCAUCUUUGACGAAGAAGACUAUGUUAGAAACCAUCCAGGAGCAUGAGCAGAUGCGGCUGGCGAACUUUUCCCAAACUAAGGAGUCGUCGUCGGAAACUACAAGUUCCUCUGAUGAUGAUAGUUCGUACUCGAGUUCUCGUAGUGAGAAGUCUGUGGAUAGUGCUGGUGUUGCUGGUGAAUAUGAUGACGUUUCUGAAGAUGAUAAACGAGAUGAUGACGUUGAAAGUGUUGGUGUUGAGGAUGAUGGUGCGCUGGGAAGCGCCAGUGAUGCGUGGAAUGGGAUCUGUGACAUUAAUGUUGGUGAGGAAAGUGAUCAAGGCGAGUAUGCUAGUGAUGGUGAUCAUGCUGCUGUCGGAGAUGAUGAGAUGGGUGACCGAGAUGGUGCAGAUGGACGUAGUGAUUUCAGUGGUGAAUGUGAUGAUUCUAGUGAUGAGCAGGAUAGUUUUAGUGGUGAGCAAAGCGGUGUUAGUGGUAGUCUAGGAGUCAUUGUUGUGGAUGAUGGGAGGGAUGACACCGAUGGAGGCGGUGAUCGUCGAGCCGAUGUUACUGAUAUUUUGAAAAAAAUAAAACAAGAAAGCGUGGCUGCCUCCCUUGCUGGAUCGCUUGAUGCCUUUGGUAAUUCUUGUGGUUAUGGGAAGAAGAAGAAAAAGAGGGUCAGGAAGGCGAGGGAAAGGCCUAGGAGUUUUGAAGGUCCUCUUGUUAAUCAUCCGGAUCCAUCGGAGUCAUUUCCUUCUAUUGUUGAUGAGGAUACGAUUAAGUGGAUCUCAGCCAACUGUUGCCGUAAUGGUGUCAUAGAGGUGCGUAUUCCUGGCGAGGAUGAACGUCCGUGGACGGUUCCGGAUGGGUGGCUUUGUGUUUACGACUUCUGGUUCACCGAAUAUCAUUUGUGGUUUCCUCUCCCGAGGUUGCUGCUGGCGUAUUGUGAUGAGCAUCUUAUUGCACUUGCUCAACUUACUCCUGCUGCUAUUCGAAACAUAGUUGCAGCUUUGUUCACAGCUGCGGAUAUUGGUGUUCACAUGAGCCUAAACUUGUUUGAACGUAUUGCGCGUAUUACUCGGUGUGAUAAGACGGACGGGGCUUUUUAUGUGUCUAUGAGGGCUGGCUGUGGUGUUGUUGGGGAGAGGAAGAGAAAAACGUUAUGUUGGAUUAAAAAGUUUUUUUAUGUUCGAAUCGCGCCUUCGUCGGUUCCUGAUGUUUCUGAUAUGAGUGUCCCUUUUAGGAGUAGUUGGAAUCCUUACAAUGGUCGUCAUUCAGUUGGUGUUCCUCUUGCUCCUGGUGAUAGUGAGUGCGUGGAAUACUUCAAGGAGACGAAGGCUCGGGACUGGACUGUGGUGAGGCGAUCGGAGGUUUGGCGGCGCAUCCCGUUUAUUGACUCAGCUUGUUGGAGAAAGAUGGAUUUUAGCGAGAUUCCGAGUUUGGCUGAUUGCUUUGCUGGAGGUAUUGAUGAUGCUUCUGUUGAUGAGUCUGGUCAGUGUGCCGCUGGUGUGGAGCCUUCGGCAUCUGCUCGUAGUAUUGUUGUGGGUCUUACGAGUACGACAGUUUCUGUACCGUCCGCUGGUGCUUCUGGAAAGGAAGUUGUUGCGGGCAGUGGGAGUGUUGUGGCGAAAAGGGCUGCUGCUGAUCGUUCAUCAAAAGACGUGCCGCCUUCAAAGUCUCGUAAAAUCGUGAGUUCUGAUGUUGAGCUGCCUUUGGUGGUUGAGUCUCCUGCUGGGGAGAAGGCAUCUUUUGAGCCGUUUGAACAUUCGUUCAAUGGUUUGGCUUCGGGAUGUGGUGAUCUUUUCAAGUUGUUUCAAUCACCUGGUGGCGUUGAUGGCUUGCCUUUUGAUCAAGUUAGGCGCGGUGAGUGGUAUAAGGAAUUUGCUCGUCACUUGGCCAUUGCUACAAAGUUUGCGAACAAAUUGGUGGUCAAUCAAGAUGAAGAGCUUGAAGAGGUGAAGGCCGAGCUUGAAAAAACGAAGGCUGAGCUUGCUUCUAUUAAGGAUAAGGUUGACAGUUCCGAGGAAAUGGCAGCUUGCAAAGAUAGCUUUGGAAGCUGGGCGGGUGAAGAAACGUCAAACGGCCGACUUGGAGCGUUUUAAGAAGGAAAAGGAAGUGGCGGGCAGGAGGUAUCGCAGGGCAGUAAUGAGACAUGAUGACGUGCUUGCUACUUUCAAUUCCCGUAUGGAAAAGGUGCGGAGGUAUGUGGAUAAUCAGAAGGUUGUUCGCACAUCUAUGUAUGGAGUGAAUCAGAUCAUGGCAGUGCUUGAUGCUGCCAAAACUUGGAAGAAAGAGGCCAUAAAUAUUCCUGAUGGUAAGGUUAAGCAUCUUGAGAAUGAAUUGGUCCGGAGGAAGGAGAAGGCAAACUCGGUUGUUUGUGUUGAGUUUGAACCCAAGGAACUGGCUGAUAUCCCUUCCUUUGAUUUUACUCGUCCGCUCUCUCCUGUUCAUCCGACUCUUGCUGCGGGGGUUGAAGAUGCUGCUAAGGCAAGAGGGAGGGAGGAAAAUCGUCGUCGUGAAGAAGCAAGUCGUCGUCGUGUGGCUGAGCGUGCUGGUGCUGCGUCUUCGGCUGUGAGGCGUGAAGGUCAGGUUCCUUCCCGUCCGUAGUUUGGUUCUUGUGAUCGUCAAGGCCCUGCGUGGCUGCUGCUAUCUUUUAUUUUGCUGCUCCUCCCCUUUUUUUUUAGACUUUGGUUGUUAUGUUUUGAUCAUGUUGAUCUCUUUCGGAUAUGGAUGUUGGUCUUCUUUUAUAUGAUGCUUGAAUUCUUCAUGUUUGUUUUUAUUCUU